UAGGUGUAUUUGGUUCAAGGUACAAUGUAUUUCUUGCUAUAAGCCAUGGUCAAAAAUAUUACAAAAAAAUUGCUGUAGAGAAAGUUCUGUACACAUUCAUCAGUUGACAUGUACAAGAAAGUUCACAGUGGCAUUCUUAAGGGCAAAACCUGGAAACAAUCCAAAUCUUCAGAGCAGUAGAAUGGAUACAUAAAUGUGGAAUAUUAAACAAUGGAACACAACAGAGAAUGAAAGAAACACUCCAUUUUAUGUGGAUGAAUGCCAAAAGCAAUGCUGAAAGUAACAAAGCCCUAGAGAAAACAUAUACAAUUCCAUAAAUAAAGCUCAAAAAUCAAAAUAAGAUAUUGUUUAGUGAUUUUAUAUAUAUGUGUGUAUAUAUAUAAUAUACAUAUAUUUGUGUGUAUAUAUAUGUAUGUGUAUAUAGAUACACAUACACAAAGAAAGACAGGGAAGGUGAAUAAAACUCAGAAAAGCAAUAAAGACUUAAAAAAUCAUCAGUGACUAAAGCUUUGAGGAACUAAUGUUUUUCAGUAUUUCUCUAAUUAACUGCACCUGAACAAAGCACCACAACUAUUUCCUGAUCUUACCCCUGUCCCAGCUCCUGGGACAGUGUUCAGCACCCAGUUAUUUUAUUUACUUAUUUUUAAAGAUCUGAGCCAUCUGACAAUUUAUAUUAUCUGUGUAAAAUACAUGUAUAUCUUAAAUAGUGGCUAACUUUCAAGGCCCACGCCUGACAAUGCUCCCACAAUAACGCUCAUUAACUAUUUGCAGAAUGAAUCAAUGCACUUUUGGCAUACGUUAGUUCAUUUCAAAUGCUUUUCAUUUUUCUCAAAAUUCUUAUUGCGGAUUCGGUUCAAAGCCUGCCCCAUCCCCUACCCAUCUCGCUGGCUUAAGUCUUUAGGCUCCUCGUUCUCAAGACCCGGAGGCAGUUUUCUCCCCGACUCUGCUUUGUGCAAGCGGAAUGGGAAAAGAGUGGAAUGCCUGGGUGGAGGAAAAGGUGCUUCCCAGUCACUGAGGGGUGUGGAGGCCACGGUGUAAGCUGCCCCAAGGGGGUUAGGCGAGCGGGAUUCCAACCCGAGGGGUCGAUCCAGCGCUGGAGGCGAGUCAUCCUCUUUCAAGUCGAAAUCUAACCGAACCCACUCUCUAACACCCGUUCCCCGAUGACAUCACUUUUUCGGACUUCUGAUUGGAGGACCGCAUCAGUCCAAUUAUCGCGAUGACUCCUCCUCCAGGUCCUCUUGCUUCGUUCUCUUCACCGCGACCCGGUAGUCGAUUGCAGACCACGUUCAGAGUCAUCGAGACACCGUAGAACUAUAGCAUCUUCCGGGACUAAUCUAGACGGCUGCAACUCUCCUCAGACGCCGGCGGGCACGAGGUUUGGCUCUCAGCGUCCUGUCUGCCAGUCCCUCCACCACGCGUGACUCCACCGCUCGGCUCGGCCACUUUAUUAACGCCACCAGUGACUACUACUCUAUUUAAAAUGGUUAUAAAGAAAAAGAAAGAAACGCAAGUUACUGCGUUGACCAUUUGUCAUCAGGACCUUGAAACGUUGAGAUCUUUGGCUGAUGCGGAAGAGAAAAAUCUAGCUUCUUUACUGUUACAUUGUGUACAACUCACCGAUGGAGUGUCACAGAUCCCUUAUGUUAAACAGAUUGUGCCUUUACUGGAGAAGGCAGAUAAAAAUGCCACGUGCGAUCCCACUAUUAGAAGUUGCUUGGAUAUUUUAGCAGGCAUUUAUCUUUCUUUGAGUCUAAAGAAUCCCUUGAAGAAAGUCUUGGCAAGCUCCCUAAAUUGCCUACCUGAAUUUUUUCUAACUGAGGCCAUACAAAGUUUUACUUCUCGUCUUCAGGAAGAAUUGAACACCACUGAUCUAUACUCCUAUAGGAAAGUGAUUGACAAUAUAUCUUCCUGUCUAGAGAACUUUAAGUUGGGUAUAACAAGUGUUAAUAAUCUUCUUAAAAAUGUGCUUCAUUUUCUGCAGAAGAGUUUAAUUGAAAUCUCAGAAGAAAAUAGAAAAUUUGCUGGAAAUCAUAUUGUUCAAACACAGUUGAUGAAUGACUUGUUGGUAGGCAUUAGAGUUUCAGUGCUGUUAGUACAGAAAGCACCAGGCCUCCAGAGAAUUCACUUGAAGAUUUCUGGUUCUCCCACAUGGCAGAGUAUGUGUGGAUUGCUGAGUAUUUUCACCAAGUUUUUAAGUGAUGAUGACCUUUUACAAACAAUUCAGAGUACAUCUGGAUUAGCUGUUAUUCUUUUUAUUAAAGUUAUGUUUCAUCCAGAGGAAAAGAUUCCUGAUCUGAUUAGCAGUUUGCUUCUCCGUUCAGUGGACUGCACAAGUGUCCCCGAGUGGUUUUUGAACAGUUGUGGGAGUCUUUGUUGUGCUGAUGUCUCCGAGUCGGCGCUCUUAUUCCUGUGUCAGGGGACACUCACCAUGUUGGACUGGCAGAAUGGGAGGAUGGGUCCUAGUGGGGAAGCCCUGCUCUUGGAUACUGUGCAUGUUUUGUUCACCUUGAGUUCACAGAUCAAGGAAUCAACUCUGGAAAUGUUUCUGUCUAGAAUUUUGGCAUCUUGGACGAAUUCAGCCAUACAUGUCCUUGAAUCAAGUUCGCCGAGCCUAAAGGACAGUCUGAAUGGGAAUGCAAGCAUAGUUAGGAGACUUUUGGAAUAUGUCUACACUCACUGGGAACAUCCACUGGACGCUUUGAGACACCAAACCAAAAUCAUAUUCAGAAAUAUUCUCCAAAUGCACCAGCUCACUGUAGGAAAGUCAGGUUUAGAAGGGUCAGAUUUGGCUGCUGAUCGUUUCCUUUUUGAACUGACUGAGAGUCUUCUACAUUUGGAAUGGCAUAUUAAAGGAAAAUACAUAUGCCUUGGUUGUUUAGUAGAUUGCAUAGGAGUUGAACAUAUUUUGGCAUUAGCUGAAACUAUUCCAUCUCAAAUCUUAGAGGUGAUGGGGGACCAGUCCCUGGUACCUUAUGCAAGUGACCUCUUGGAAACCAUGUUUAAAAAUCAUAAGAGUCAUUUGAAAUCUCAGUCUGUGGACAGUACUUGGAUUGACAAAUGGCAUGAGACUUGGGUUUCUCCUCUCCUUUACAUACUGUGUGAAGGAAAUCUGGAUCAAAAAUCUUAUGUGAUUGAUUAUUACUUGCCAAAAUUAUUAAAUUGCAACCCUGAAAGCUUAAGCUACAUGGUAAAGGUUCUUCAGACUUCUGCUGAUGCUAAAACUGGGUCUUAUAAUAGCAGAGGGGCUCUGGGAGCUUUCAUGGCAUGUCUACGAACAGCUAGAGCUCAUGGACAUCUGCAGUCUGCAACGGAUGCUUGGCGGAAUCUUGUGUCCAGUGCAAGAAUAAAGCAAGGCUUAGUUCAUCAGCACUGCCAAGUACGGAUAGAUACAUUAGGCUUGCUUUGCGAAAGUAAUCGAAGCACAGAAAUUGUUUCCACAGAAGAAAUGCAGUGGAUUCAAUUCUUUGUCACAUACAAUCUUAACAGUCAGUCUCCAGGAGUGCGGCAACAGAUCUGUUCUCUUCUUAAAAAGUUGUUUUGUAGGAUACAGGAAAGUUCUCAGGUACUUUAUAAACUGGAGCAAAGUAAAUCCAAACAUGAACCAGAGAAUGAGUUAACCAAACAACACCCAUCUGUUUCUUUACAACAAUAUAAGAAUUUCAUGUCAUCCAUUUGCAACAGUCUUUUUGAAGCAUUGUUUCCUGGCUCUUCCUACCCAACUAGAUUUUCAGCUUUAACCAUUUUAGGCUCAAUAGCUGAAGUUUUUCCUGUCUUAGAAGGUCAAGGCGAAACAGUGUAUCAGCUGAGUCACGAUAUUGAUGUUAGACGUUUCCAAACCCUAAUGGAAUGUUUUACCAGCACUUUUGAAACAGUGAAAAAUUUAGCAUUUGAUCUUCUAAUGAAGUUGCCAAAACCAGUUGUGCAAUUUCAGGAUUCAGAGAAACUGCAAGGCUUAUUCCAGGCAGCACUGGCACUCAGCACCAGCACCAAACCAUACGACUGUGUAACAGCUUCCUACAUGAUGAACUUCUUAAUCUGGCAGAAUGCUCUGCCGUCAUCUCUGUCUGCCUACUUAAAAGCUCAGCAGGUUGCAUGCCGCGAUGGAGAUAAGUUUGCUGCUGUGGUGGAAAGAAACACGUUAAUGGUUAUCAAAUGCUUGUUGGAACAUCUUGAGGAAGAAGUAUGUCAGGCUGAAAAUUCUCUGCUCCAGGCAGCCGCAUCAUUUCCAGUGUAUGGGCGAGUCCACUGUAUAACCAGGGCCUUGCAGAGAUUACCGCUCAACAGCCUGCAGUUGGUGAGUGAGUGGAAACCUGUGGUGGAGAAGCUCCUUUCAAUGUCCUACAGGCUUUCUGCUGUGGUAUCUCCGGUCAUUCAGAGCUCAUCCCCGGAAGGCCUCAUCCCAAUGGACACUGAUUCAGAAUCAGCAAGCCGCUUACAGACGAUUCUGAAUGAGAUUCAGCCACGGGACACUAAUGAUUAUUUCAAUCAAGCCAAAAUAUUGAAAGACUGUGACAGCCUUGACUUGGAGGACUUGAAAGCCAGUGUACCGAAUAUUGAUACUUCUGCAGAAAUCAAAGGUAAAGAAGGAAAAACAUGUGAUGUAACUGCUCAGAUGGUGCUGGUAUGCUGUUGGAGAAGUAUGAAGGAAGUUGCUUUACUUUUAGGCACACUAUGCCAGCUUCUACCCAUGCAGCCUGUGCCAGAAUCGCCUGAUGGAUUAUUGACGGUGGAGCAGGUGAAAGAAAUAGGAGAUCACUUUAAACAACACCUUUUACAGUCCCGGCACAGAGGAGCAUUUGAACUGGCUUACACUGGCUUUGUGAAACUCACUGAAAUACUAAACAGAUGCCCUAAUGUGAGUCUGCAAAAGCUACCGGAGCAGUGGUUAUGGAAUGUUUUAGAGGAAAUUAAAUGCAGUGAUCCUUCAUCUAAACUCUGUGCUACAAGGCGCAGUGCUGGAAUUCCUUUCUACAUACAGGCACUGUUGGUAUCUGAACCUAAGAAAGGCAAAAUGGAUUUGUUGAAAAUAACAAUGAAAGAGUUAAUCUCUUUGGCUGGGCCUACAGAUGAUUCACAGAGCACAGUCCCUCAGGUUCAUGCUUUAAAUAUCCUUAGGGCCUUGUUCAGAGAUACACGUCUGGGAGAAAAUAUUAUUCCUUAUGUUGCUGAUGGAGCUAAGGCUGCAAUUCUGGGCUUUACAUCACCGGUCUGGGCAGUGAGAAAUUCAUCCACACUUCUCUUCAGUACCUUGAUCACAAGAAUAUUUGGAGUUCAAAGGGGAAAAGAUGAACUUUUCAAAAAAAAUACAAUGACAGGGAGUGAAUUUUUCUCUCGUUUCCCGGAACUCUAUCCUUUUCUUCUCAAACAGUUAGAAGCUGUCGCCAAUACUGUGGACAGUGAUAUAGGAGAACUAAACCGUCAUCCAAGCAUGUUUCUCUUACUGUUGGUGUUGGGGAGACUCUACCCUUCCCCGAUGGACGGCACGUUUUCUGCUCUCAGCAUGGCACCUUUCAUUCCCUUCAUUAUGAGAUGCGGUUGUUCGCCUGUCUACCGCUCCCGUGAAAUGGCAGCUCGUGCCUUGGUCCCAUUUGUUAUGAUAGACGAAAUCCCUGCCACCAUCCAAACUCUGUUGGCCAAACUCCCCAAUUGCACUGACCAUUGUUUCCGGCAAAACCAUAUUCACGGGACACUUCUCCAGGUAUUUCAUUUGUUACAAGCCUUCUCAGACUCCAAGUACAGAAUGAAUGCAUACUUUCAGCAGGAGCUGGCUGACGUUGCUGUGUGUACCAAAGCCAAACUCUGGCUGGCCAAGAGGCAAAAUCCAUGUUUGGUGACCAGAGCUGUAUAUAUUGAUAUUCUCUUCCUGUUGACUCGCUGCCUUGACAAACCCACAAAAGGCAACCAGCCAGUUCUGGAUCAUCUUGGCUUCUGGGAAGAAAUCAGACAGCUCAUCUCAGGAUCAGAACUGAUGACGGGAUUCCCCUAUGGCUUCAGAGUGCCAGGCCUGCCCCAGUACCUCCAGAGUAUCACCAAGCUAGCCAUUGCCGCAGUGUGGGCAGUGGCAGCCCGGGCCAGAGAGCAGGCAAGGGAUGUUCCCAUCUCCUUCUCUCAGCUGUUAGACUCUUCCUUCCCUGAAGUGCGCCUGCUGACCCUGGAAGCCCUGUUGGAAAGGUUUUCGGCAGCAAACUCUGGAUUAGGAGAGAAGGAACUGCCACCCUUGCUGUGGAAUAUGGGAGGGACGUUCUUGAUAUUAGCGAUGAAGGAAAAUCACCCAGAAUGCUUCUGCAAGAUACUGAAGAUUCUCCAUUGCAUGGACCCCAGUGAGUGGCUUCCCCAGACGGAAUGCUGUAUCCAACUAACCCCAAAGGAGUUCUUGAACUGGACGAUGGAUAUUGCUUCCAAUGAAAGGUCUGAAAUUCAAAGUGCAGCUCUGAGGCUUGCCUCCAAAAUGAUUGCCCACCACAUGGGGAUGCGUGACGAGACCAGGGACUCAGUAAUCCCCAAGCUGAAGCAGUGGGUUCAGUUGGUCGUCUCAUCAUGUGGAGAUCAUCUUCCCACAGAGUCCAGGCUCGCGGCUGCUGAAAUCCUCACCAGCACCACACCAUUUUUCCUCACCAACCCCCACCCCAUUCUUGGACUGCAGGAUACACUUGCUCUCUGGAGGUGUGUCCUCACCCUCCUGCAGAGUGAGGAGCAAACCGUCAGAGAUGCGGCCACGGAAACAGUGACAACCGCCAUGUCACAAGAAAACACCUGCCAGUCAACAGAAUUUGCCUUUUGUCAGGUGGAUGCCUCCAUCGCCCUGGAUCUGGCCCUGGCUGUGCUAUGUGACCUGCUCCAACAGUGGGACCAGGUGGCUUCUGGACUCCCAGUCCUGCUGGGAUGGCUGUUGGGAGAAGGUGAUGACCUCAUGGUCUGCGUGGAGAGCGUGCAUCAGGUGGAAGAAGACUAUCUGUUUGAAAAAGUGGAAGUCAACUUUUGGGCUGAGACCCUGAUCUUUGUGAAAUACCUCUACAAGCACCUCUUCCGUCUCCUCUCCAAGUCCAGCUGGAAUCGCCUCAGCCCUGAGACACUCUGUCAUCUUCAGAGGACAACAUCAGAACAGUGCCACCUCCUCUCCCAGCUCUUCAGAGAACUGCCACCAACUGCCGAGUUUUUGAAGACAGUGGAUUUCACAAGACUACGCAUUCAGGAGGAAAGGACUAUGGCUUGCCUGAGGCUGCAGGCCUUUCUGGAAGGAAAGGAAGGGAAAGACACCCUAGUUCUCAGUGCUUCGGACUGUCUGGCAGAAGCAAAUCAGUUAACUCUUCCAGGAACACAAACAGCUUGUUGAAGAUAGAAGACUUUGGGGGCGGGGGUGAGGUGGGUGAGUCCUCCACUAAACCUGCAGGAAAUGUGUGGAACAUAAAUUCAAAUAUUUUUUUCCCCUUCA